UUCUGCUUUAGGACCGAGGCGGUGACAUGACUUAUUAUACAUACUCUCCUCAAAAAGGCAGUGGAAUUUUGGUAGGAGAACAUGGAAUCAGAUGUACCACAGGGAAAAGGAAAGAGCACGACGGUGCAGCUUUUGAUCCAGAACAGCAGAAGCAGCAGCAAUACCCGAGCGGGAUCUCCCCACGUCCCUGAGCAUCUUUUUUGCUCCCUGGUGACGACACUGGAGGUCCCUUGGAGGUGGCUCCGAAUCCCUGGUCCAGUGAGGGUCGCACCACAUCUGGAAGAAUCGCAAGCCUCCCAAAGCCCCCCCCAGCGACGCCCCCAACCCAAACGUCGCUUCACUGAUCUGUCACAUAUUCCGGAGAGAGAGCUCCUCAGAGCUCAUGACUGGCUGCAGAAAGCUUCCUUCCCCUUGUUCAAACCGCCAUGUGUUGACGGCUGGCACCCGACUUUGCAGCGCGCAGACGCUAGAUGUCCAAGUAACCAAGAAUUCUUUUCGAGACCAAGAAAGUGUAAUACUGGUGUGGUGUGGUGUUAAGCAGGGCAGGACAGGGGAGGAUUGCCCGUCGCAUCUUCACGCACCCUCAUCCCCGUUCACAGCUGUCCAAAUAUAAUGAAUGAAUGGUUGCUCGGUGGAGCGAAAGGAAGGAAGGUUGGUCGCAGCUUCCUCCGAAAUCAUAAAAUGCCAUGCUGUAAAAGCAUGCCAUUCUCCCACCCCGAGUGAGCCACCAACACUACCACCACACGACUACGACCACGACCACUACCACUACCACUACCACUACCACACGACAUCGCGAGGCCCUCCCCUUCACCUCCACCUCCAAUUCACACGAUCACGCCUCCCCG